UACUCGAUGUCUCUCAGAGGCGCACGGCUCGUAGGCACAGGAGCGCAGGUCGAUUUUUGAUCAGUUACUUUGGCCAUUUAGUGCUUAUUUAUAAAGGUGUCGCGUGGUGUAAUGUCAGUGACAGUUGGGCGGCCAAGUCCACAAUGUUGUUGUAUUCGUGUGUAGUGUCGGUGUUCACGAUCUUCGUAGUUCACGCGCAAGGUGCCCCGCGGUCGCUGCAGGAGGGUUCGCCAUGCGAGGUGCGCGCGCGGCUGGAGGCUGGAUGGGUGUGCGGAGUCAAACGCGUCGCCGACAACCGGACGAUCUUCGCCAGCUUCCUGGGCGUACCCUAUGCUAGUCAACCGGUUAACGAGCGACGAUUUAGUGAAUUAGAACCCGUGAUACCAUGGGACGACUUUUACGACGCCUCCGUGGAAGGGCCAAUCUGCCCCCAACACGACGUGUUCUACGGAAAACUGCAGGACUCCACCAACAUGAGUGAAGCCUGCAUUUACGCCAACAUACACGUCCCAAUCGAUGCCUUGCCUGGCUACAACAUUCUGAGGCCAGCGAGACACCUUCAGCCUCCGUACGAGACUGGGUUUGCUGAUAAAGAAGUGGAAGAGGAGCCCGGCCUUCCCAUCCUGGUGUUCAUCCAUGGCGGUGGGUUCGCGUUCGGCUCGGGUGGUACAGGACUAUAUGGGCCGGAGUAUCUGAUGCAUAGGGACGUCAUCGUCAUCACGUUCAACUACAGGCUCAACGUUUUCGGUUUCCUCUCGCUCAACUCUACCAGCGUUCCCGGCAACAACGGGCUACGGGACGUGGUGACGCUGCUCAAGUGGGUGCAGGCCAACGCCAGGUCCUUCGGCGGAGACCCCAGUGAUGUCACCUUGGCUGGGCAGAGCGCGAGCGCUGGCAUGGCCCAUUUGCUGUCUAUGUCUACUGCUGCUGAAGGACUCUUCCGAAGGGCGAUACUAAUGAGCGGAACCGGUAUACGCAGCUUCUAUACCACGUCACCAGUGUAUGCAAAAUAUGUUGCCAACUUGUUCCUGUCGAACCUUGGACUGAAUGCAACGGACCCAGAGGACAUCCACCGACAACUGGUCAAAAUGCCCCUCCAAGACAUUAUGGAGGCUAAUAAACUAGUCCAAGAUACGUUAGGUAUUAUAGCCUUUGUUCCAGUGGUCGAAUCACCAUCCCCCAGCUUCACCACAAUAUUAGACAAUGAUCCAGAAAUUCUUCUAUCGAAAGGUUGCGGAAAAGAUAUUCCACUCAUAAUAGGCUCCACUGACAGAGAGUGUGAAUCGUUCAGGCCAAACUUUGAAAAAUUCGACAUACUCAGCCGUAUUAUGGAGAAUCCAACUUUAAUUCUAUCACCUAAUUUGCUAUUUAAAGUUCCUCCGAAGAUAGCGGUAGAUAUGGCCAAGAGAACCAUUAGAAGGUACUUCGAUGGGGAACCGACGAUGGACAAAUACUUGAAAAGCUGUUCUGAUACAUUUUACGUAUACCCAGCGCUCAAAUUGGCAGAGAAGAGAGCGUUGCAAGAUGGAGCUCCAGUGUUCUUGUACCAAUUCACGUAUACAGCGGAUUUCAGCGCGAUAAAGGCAUCCAAAGGGUUGAAGUUUAAGGGUGCAGGGCAUGUAGAGGAUAUGACUUUUGUCUUCCGACCGAACUCAAUGGAAGGCACUACAGGCUUCUCACCUCCUACGCGCAAAGAUCAACUCAUGGCGGACUGGAUGACCAAAUUCGUCAAAAACUUCAUGUAUUGCAAUGAUCCCGUAUGCAGCCAGUACCCGCUUUCAAAAUGGCCUCCCGUGCACAAAGACGCGCUGCCUCUCAACUACCAAGAGAUCGAGAUGCCGAUGUUCUACCGCUUCACGGAGAUCCCGAAGGAGCAGCAGGAGAUGAUGGAGUUCUUUGACAGCUUGCAGAACCAGACCAGUUGAAUGACAGACUAAAGUGUUGACGUGAAGUGGCAGUCUGCGGCCCAGGUGGGAGCGCGUGCGUUCUUCGGGGCGGCCAGGCGGGCGCGAUGCCGUACUCUCCGACCCGCUUUCGAUUAGGACCGUCCACGCGUCUUCCUUCCUAUUUCUUGUAAAUGUGGUGUGAAAAGAGCGGAUAAGAUAAGGAAUGAAUAUAUAAGGAGAAGUUUUAAAGUAGCGCCAGUGGUAGAAAAGAUGAGGGGUAAUAGAUUGGCAUUGUACGGGCAUGUAAUGCGGAGGAAAGAAAAUAAUGUUAAAUAUAUCUGGGGAAGGAAAAAAGAGAAGAGGAAGACCAAAGAAAAGGUGGAUGGAUUUCGUGAAAUAGGAAAUGUGCGUGGUGAAACGGGGUGGAAAAUGCGUUGACGUAUGAGACGUGAGUGGAAGAAAAAGAAAUGUUGUCCCGACCCCACAUGGCUUGGGAUAAAGGACAAGAAGAUGACUAAGAGUUUCUUCUUCACACUGGCCGCCCCGCACGACGCACCCGCUCGCACCUGGGCCGCAGACUAACAGUCGCUUCAGUACUAAUGCUGAAUUUGUAAUACUACCUUUUUCGUCACCGGGCAGUAAGUGAGCCUGGGCCUAGUUGGUCAAUGGCGCUUCAGACGCGAUGCCCAGGGGAGGACGCAAGUCUGAAUCCUGCCGGUUCCACAAUUUUUAAAAAUUUAGACUCAAAUGUUUUUGAAAUUCCUAAAGCAUCUAUUAGAUGAUAGGUUUUUCAGUCAUUGUUGAUUGACAAAUAGCCCCGUGUCCUGUGCCCGUGUCAUAUGGCCAUCAUCAUCAUCAUAAGCACUGCUGAGCACGGGUCUCCUCUCAGAAUGAGAAGAGCUUAGACCAUAGUCUGCCAUAUUGGCCCAGGGCGGAUUGACAGACUUCACACACCUUUGAAAUUAUUACAUAUUAAUAUUUCAUAUUUCGACAGCUAAUUUUGAUUCUGAUGUCUUAUUGGGCGAUUGUUUUCUGCAUUUAGAUGCAUCAUACUGUGAGAGGAACAUAAUAUGUCUUUUCCUUCCACCAUAAUUUCUGGAUACCAUAGAGAUCUAAUGGUUAAACCUUAAAAGUAACAACAUAAUAUUAUGAGUAAUUGCCUGAAUUAGAAAUUAAUCGCAAAAUGUAAAGUUAACUAUUUUAAGUGGCUCCUGUAAAGUGUGCAAGGUUUUCUGAUUGUGUGGUUAUUUAUUUUAGUUAGGAUUCUAUCUGAUACUCAUCAAUGUCCACAGUAAUUAGAUUUAACUAGUAUACAUUGGCGUCGAUUCUGAUGUUUUUGUCUAAACUUAAUUUAGAGAGCAUCUUUUUCUUUUUAAUAUUGCUAAAAAAGGAAGGAAAAUGAAUUUUAAUGCACUGAAGUCACGAGGUUUGACAGUCUGUCCUUUUCUUAUUAUGUCCGUAAGAAAAAGAUGCCAAUACUCUAAAAUUCAGUUGUAAUGAGAAUCAUUACCAAUGUAUGCUUAUUGUUGAGUUGGUUUGAAUGUUAUUUGUAACCCAGUAAUAUCUUUAGUUAGGUAUUCAAAGUUUUGUUAUGCGCAAGGUGAGCAAAAUUUAAGUAAAUAUUCCUUGUCGGAACUCCUCUAUUCUGGAAAUUUCUGUUAAUUUUUAAACAACUCAUUGAAGAGCAUUAAAGUAGUCUUACCUAAUUAAUGCUUUACCCAAUGCUAAACCUUACUUAGUUGAUUUUUUAAAUUCAUAAAACAUUAACUGACUUGCCUGUUGCUGCUGAUAAAAACAGUAGGUAUAAGAAAAGUUGUAAUACAGAUAGAGAAAUAAUUAGAAUAACAAUAAUUAUUAUCAAGACAUGGUUUACGUCUAAUGAGGUAAACUUUGUUUAAAUGUGAUUGCCGUGGACAAGAUGUUUAACUCAACGUAUUACUAAUUUGUAAGAAGUCACUGCUUAAAUUACGGAUAAGUAUAAUGUUAAGUUCAUUUUAAGUUUUUACUGUCUUAACGUUUUACAAUAAUUUCGUAAUUAUGUGUUUUAUAAAUAAAAAUAUUGUACAGCAAA